AUGUCAAUAGCAAUCAGUCAUGAUCCCCGUUACUAUGGCCGACGUAAAUUCAAUGGAAUUUUGAGGAAUCCCCCUGAGUGUUCCUGUACAGCUACCCUUGUCGAUCGAAAAUUCGUGGCUUCUAGCGGUCCGCCUCCACCUGUAGAUGCACAAAGGCUGGCUCGAACUUUGACCUAUCAAGUUGGAUCAUCUAGAGCAUAUAAUCUUUGCGUCUAUCCAGAUCGGAUCCUUUUUCACCCCCUCUCACGAGGACCUGGUCUAGCAGACAUUCAUUACGAUGAUAUAGUCCAAAUUGAGAUGGUCUAUAGGAAAGAUAAUCUUCUAUUUAUUCUCUGCGGUAGACGUGGAAUCGGAACGUAUUUCUUUUUCAGACUUUCAGAUGAAUUUGUAGGAGAGAGAAUUAAAGCUAUAGCCAGUCGUACUUACCCUAAUCUUAACAAUCCUCGACCCACAACUAAUACUUCAAGGAAUUUUCCCCAAAGGAGGUUUGGUGGCCGUUCCUCGCCAGCUGAGGACAUCUACGAGAGUGGUCACCCUAUAGUAAGUAAUAGGUUCCCCCGAGAACAUAGUGCUCCUGCUUCCUCAUCCUCUUCCCUAUCCAGUGAUAAUAUUUAUGCACGUCCCGCGAAGGAUAUUCAUCGUCAAAGCUCAUACAUUCGAUGGGAAGGAUAUCGUCCAAAUAGAAUUCAAAGCCAAGGUCGACAACCAAGACAACUCUCUGCUCCAAAAAGAACUCCUUCAAUAAGAGUCUUUCGGAGUCCAUCCAGAUCAAGAUCAACAAGUCCCAGAGACACUGAUAAUGGAGAGGUGCUUUUCAUUAAGGCUCAAGGAAGACGGUCAAUGCGAAGGAGGCAAAAUCCGGCAAAGAGUAAGCGAAAGCCCUUGUUAAUCUUGGAGGGCAAUCGGUCGUAUUCCAAGCCUGUGGCUAAAGCUGGUUAUGGGCAUAAAAAGAAGAGAAGAUCAUCUCAAAGUGGGUAUCAGCCAAGACCAAGAAAGACCUCGCCACCUGUUAGGCCAAAAACUUUCAUCUUGCAGCCGUCCUUGCAAUCCAACUGCGAUGAUUCAAUAGAUUCUGAGUUGUCCAACGAAGUUCCAACUGGACGACGUCGUCAUUCGAAUGUGGCCAACGUUGAGACAAUUCGAUAUAGGAAUCAAAAUCCGCAUAAAGCAAACGAUUGGGAAAGUACAGACAGCUGGGAUGUCUUCGCUGGUAAAGCACCAAAUCAACCGAGGAUAAAUAUUUACAAAAAUCCUGGCGCCGGUGUCCCAAUAGAUGAAGGCUAUGUGGCAGAUAAUAUAUCCACUUCCUCUGAGGAUUCUUUAUACUUAGAGAGGGAACAGGAGAUUGCUUCCUACUUACCAAAUCGUCAGACCAACUACUUUCCCGAUAUCCAAUCGAAAUUUCACCAAAUUAACCUAAAUUAA